GUCACACUCUCACAUCUCACAGAGAGAGACAGAGAAAGUAGCGAAAAGAAAACAGUAAUCUCGCUUGCUCGCUUUCUGGAAGUUUUCUUCUCCUCAAGCAUUUCUUUGAUUUUGUGCAUCCACACAGAAACCAAAGAUGGCUUCCCAAGAUCACCAAGCGUGGCUGCUGGAGCAAGGCAACAUCAAGGUUCUGAGUCGAGAACAUCGACAUGGUCAUGGACGAACUGCGCACAACAUGUCAUCGUCUUCUUUGCGCAAAAAGUCUAACCCCAGACUUUUGUCCAAGAUUCAGCCUGGUGUUGUUAGAUCCAUUCUCACCAAUUUUCAAGAGGUCUUUUUGGGGACUAAGCUUUCUGUUCUUUUUCCUGCUGUGCUUCUUGCCAUUAUUGCUCAACUCUAUCAUUUUGGCAGACCAUGGGUUUUUGCUUUGAGCUUGCUUGGACUUACUCCACUAGCAGAGCGUGUCAGCUUUUUGACUGAACAAAUUGCUUACUUCACUGGUCCAACUGUGGGAGGGCUUCUGAAUGCAACAUGCGGCAAUGCGACCGAGCUGAUUAUAGCGAUUUUCGCUUUAAGCCAAAACAAAGUAGCUCUUGUGAAGUACUCUCUGUUAGGUUCUAUACUCUCAAACCUUCUUUUGGUUCUUGGGAGCUCGCUCUUUUGUGGUGGCAUUGCCAAUCUUAGACUGGAACAAAAAUAUGACAGAAGACAAGCCGACGUAAACUCGAUGCUUCUGCUGCUGGGAUUGUUAUGCCAUAUGCUGCCAUUGCUGUUCAGAUAUGCAGCGGGUUCGACUGCUCUUGCAGCUGUUCCAACGCUUAAUUUGUCGAGAGCAAGUAGCAUUGUAAUGCUAAUUGCGUAUAUUGGAUACAUAGUCUUCCAACUGUUCACACACAGGCAGUUAUUUGAGGCUGAAGAGGAUCCCGAGGGGGAUGAUGUGAGCUCAGAAGAAACGGCGGUGAUCGGACUGUGGAGUGGAAUUGCUUGGCUGGUUGGGAUGACUGUUGUUAUAGCUUUGUUGUCAGGAUAUGUUGUGGGCACGAUUGAGGCUGCUUCGGAAUCUUGGGGAAUUUCAGUGAGCUUCAUUAGCAUUAUCUUGCUACCCAUUGUUGGAAAUGCAGCUGAACAUGCAGGAGCUAUUAUUUUCGCUUUCAAGAACAAGUUGGAUAUAACUCUAGGUGUUGCUCUGGGAUCUGCAACUCAAAUUUCGAUGUUCGUGGUUCCUUUCUGUGUUAUCAUGGCUUGGAUAAUGGGCAUGAAAAUGGAUCUUAAUUUCAACCUUCUUGAGACGGGCUCUCUUGCCGUUGCGAUAAUUGUGACAGCUUUCAGUCUACAAGACGGGACUUCUCAUUACAUGAAAGGAUUGGUUAUGUUGUUGUGCUACAUUGUAAUUGGAUCAUGCUUUUGGGUAACCAACAUCCCCCUCAAUCAAGGGAAUGUGGUUAAUUUGGGACUUCAAUCGUCAACCGGAGCGGUCUUACAAGCUUAAUAUAUGAUCGACAUGGCCGGGCGUUUUUGGUCACACCGUGAAUGAUAUCCCAGCUUGAACUUCAACAGAUCAUGUUAAUGGAGACUGCGAUGGAUUUUGUAUUCUUUCAUUUCAUUUUGAACCUUGAUCACCUGAGAGAAAAGCCAACAUUUGAUAGAUCUGCAAUUGGAGAUGGAAGACAGCCUUCGGUUGGUUUUUUGGGUUGGUGUUUGGGAGGUUUUGGUGCCAAUGGAGUGGAUGCUUCAUUACUGUUUGUAGCACAAUAAUAAAAUACAAUAAAUGAGAAUUCCUUUUUUUUUUUAGAAACGUUGAGGGGAUUUCAACCAUAGUCAUGAGAGUGAUAUAUAUCAUCUUUAACACUGUA